AUGGCGGAGAGAAAAGGGGAGAGGACAGCGGAGGCGCUCAGCCAGAGGCGCCCCUCCCCCGCCUCAGGCCGUCCGUGCUCCGGCUGCCGCUGGGCUAAUCUGCGGCACCCCCGGGCGACGCGUGUCCGGUCCCACCCCUCCCCCACCGCCGCCGCCGGUCCAGGGGUCGCUCACCUUCCGCGUUGCCCCAGACCACCAUGCCCGGUCACGGCCGCCUUUUCCGACCUCGCGGAGCCCGGCUCCAACGCCGCACGGUCCCCUGACCCGCGGCCGGGGAGGAAAGAGGAGGAGGGCCGAAGGAGCAGAGUCACUCCGCCGCGCCGCGUCCGACACUCGGCACAAGCGCGACGCCUGGCCCGCGCGCGCUCCGCGACUGCCCCCUCGCCCCGCCCCCUCCGACGGGCGCGCGCUCUCUGCAGCUCCGCCCCGCCCCUCGCACUCUGUCCUGUGCGCACGCGCGCCAUGGCUCCUCCCCCGCCCUCCCGGCUGGCGGCGGGCAGCUCUGCAUCGCGUCGCGGAGGUCGCGUUCUCCACUCCAGCCUGUCCUCACCUUGCACGCUACACGCGUUCGGCUCGCACCCGAAGUGGGGCGACACCGAACGACGGGCGCGACUGCUCGGAGCCCCACGUCGGCCGGUCAGCUCCUCGCCGGCCCCGCCCUCCCGCCGCCGACCAGAGGGGGCAGCGCCUGCAUGGCACGUGACCGUCUCGCUCGCGGGUGCGGGCGGGCGGGCGAGCGUGGCGCGGUCCCGCCUCCCGCAUCGCGCCGCCUCCCCCCACCCGCGGCCCGCCGGGCAUCCCGAGACCUCUGGCCCUCCGGCUCAUGUCGCCACCGUGCUCUCUCCUAAUGGCACCGCCCCCGCUCCAUCCCCACUGCGGUCUUAG